ACAACCUCAAAUUAAAUUCCCAUCAUGUCAGUGUAGAACAAAAUUCAAUAGUGUUUAUUGGCAGCCCCCAGCCUCAGGGAAAUUACAUUCUGAAGCAGAGCAUGGCAUGAAUGCACACAGACCCUUGAACAUGUGCACACGCACACACACACACGCACACACAUAUACACACACAAGUACACAUAUUGUACACGACACUGUGCAUGUAUUCGGACACCCCAAAAAAAGCCCUCUGGCUGAUGUGAGCAUGCAGACCAGCGAUGUAUCCCCUGAGGUCCAUGUGCCAUUUGUCCUGCAUGUGUAACUAUGCCCAUGUACGAUUUACUGGCCUCUACGCGUGUGUGUUUGUCCGAUAGUUCUUCACAUGCACAUUUUUGCCAGUGUACAAAAUACUACAUUGUGCAUUUAAGAAGCUCAGUUUUCUGUCUGUCGGCCACAAUUGCCACUUUCCCUGCAGUCAGACUCCGACUAUUUGUCAUUAAUGUAUAUACACAGGUUUCUAUUACAGUGGUUGUAUUAAAUGUGUCCCCGGGCUCAGGUUGCCAUGAACACAGGGCUUCAGUGCCUUUGUCCAACCUCCAGCAGCAGCAGCAGCUAAAGCAUCAUUCUUUAAUGGGAAGCCGUUUAACCGUUUUAUGCAGAGCACAUGUAGAGGCUAUUACCGCUGAUGUCUCUGGGAUGCAGAUUUGCUCUAAAUGGCUAACAAUCUGCCCCCCCUACUCCUCUUGCUUUCUAUCUCUUCCCCUCGAACCCUUUAUGUCUCGGUCUGCUUAUGCCUCUAUCUUGACUCUCUUUCAUUUCUUCUCUCCCCCUACCCCUCCAACACACUCACCCAUUCUCUCCGUGUCUCUCUUUCUCCAGGAGCAUGCAAAGGGGGCUUUGGGCUGCUCAGUGGAGGAUCUGAAGGCCCUUUUCUACUGUGAGCUGUGUCACAAGCAGUACCUCAGACACCAGGAGUUUGACAACCACAUCAACUCCUACGACCAUGCACACAAACAGAGGCUGAAAGAAUUAAAGCACAGGGAGUUUGCUCGCAACGUGGCCUCAAAAUCGUGGAAGGACCAACGCAAACAGGAGAAGGCUCUCAGACGUCUGCACCAGCUCGCACAGUUGCAACAGGAAACCCAGCGAGUCCCAUGGAAGACUUCUGGACUAGGAAGUGCAGUCAGGGCUGUGCGACAGCAACAAGCAAAACACAAGGACCAAAGCGACCGCCUCCCUGAGAACAAAGCUGAACCCUUCAACCUCACCCAUAGUCCCUCUCCUACACAACCCAGAACAGCACGUCUUAGCCACCAGCCAGAAGAUCCAUGUCAAUCUCCUUCCCAGAUGCUGCUGGCCGCUGCUCCAACUCAGUCCCCACUAUCCAAUACAGACCCUCCUGGAGUGUACCCCCAGUCCUGCCUGGGCUUGCAUCCCCAGCUGCCUCUCUCUGGGCGGGGGAGAGUAGGCGGCAGACUUGGCGUGUCCUUCUGCUUCUCACGCAGGGGGCCCAGGCUUGAGCCUUCUGCCUCCGUCUUUUCAGACCUAGAAGAGGAGGAGAGAGAGAAGAGGGAACAAAUGAAAGAAAGGAUAAAGGGGAUGAUGGAAGACAUUGAUAGGGAAAUUGGGGCAUCAGAGCAGGUCAAACACAAGUCCAGAUCUGACAGUGUAAGCCUCAACGACACAGAGCCAAUCCCCAGAGAGGCUGCCAGAGAAGAGAGGGAGAUUGGAACAAGAGAUGCAGUGAAAGCACACUCUGCUAUUUCCACAGCAGCACCUGAUAAUCAGAGCCACGAUGCACCGUGCUUGUUAUCACAGACCCAGGUGGCCCUAUGGGGCACAGCACUAGCAGGGUCACACAUGGGCACUGAACACACAGAUAGCGAGACAGACAGAAAGAGAGAAACAGAAGUGGGAAUGGAGGAGAGUCAGUAUAUGUGUGUGCUGGGGAAAGAUGGCUGCACCCGUCUGAGAUGGCCUGUCAAUUUGCUUAUGUUCACUAAGUCUCAACCACACAUCUCUUACAGCUGCAGCCCACUUUGCUUAAAUCAACAACAACCAGAAGAACUCACAGAGGAUCUGCAAAAGUCACAACAAAAUCCGUUGCCUGCUCUCUCAGAUGAAUCAGAACUACCUGUGCCAGCUAUUCUUACAGCGGACGCUCCUUCCUGUUUACAAAGACAGGCAAGGCAAGAGUUGAAAGCACACAGACAGGAAGCUGAGGAACAUAUCGAUGUGGAGACAGAAGCACACCUGUUGUUGAAGAAGGAAAACAUCUCAUCAUCAGAAACAAGACCAGAAAGCGGAAGAUGCCCACUAAGUAUGGAUGAUUGUGGGAGGGCAGGCUCUCAUCCAUUUGACCACACUCAGAGGGACAGCUCUGAUGCAAACUCCCAGAAUCCACUGGGAGGAAGAUUAGGGGGUGCGAGAGGUAACAGGGAGAAAGCCAUCAUAGCUCUGAACUGUAAAUUAGAGUCUGUCACCCAGCCUGGCACACAGAGGAUGUGCACCAGCCCGUCCAGGUGUGAGUGUGGGAGUGAUACGAUGUGCAAGUGUGCCAGUGCUCCGUGCGUGGGCGUCUCAGAAGUGUCACGCAAAAAGAGGAAAGCCAGUACAAAGAAGCACAAGCUGGGAAAGAAGAAGAGGGUUGAGAAGGAAAAAGCUUCAAACAAGAGCCAAUCAGCAAGCUGCAAAGUGAGGAGUGUUGUCUCUGCAGUCUCCAUUGGUACAGAGAGGAGUGGAGAAGCUGGAGGGAACUGGGGGAAGAAGAAAAGGAGGCAAAGGGAGACAAGCGAGAUCAUGAUGAGGAGGAGGAGGAGGGUGGUGCAGGAAACUGGGAGCUGCUGUCUCCUGGGAAGAUGUGAGGCUGAGCUAGUAUCUGGCCCUGUCAGAAAGAGGAGGCCUCACUGGAGCCUCAGCACUGAAUCCCAGUCCCAGCCAGACGGAGAGCAGGCAGAGCACUGCAGUGCCGACUCCCAGCUCGCCAGACACACCGCAGGAAGACACGGCCAGGGAAAGCGAGACGGAGAUGCAGUGACUUUUCCCUGUCGGUCUCACUUCUCCUUACACUCCUUCUCACCAGGAUGUAACUCAAAGCUGUUUUGGGAAAGGGGUCACCAUAGCAACCCCAAGAGUUUCAUUGACUGCUGUUACCCUGACAACAGCUGUGGUUGCAGCCCGGCGAGAAAGAUAAAACUCCUCCAGAGGGACAGGAAAUCCAUUCAUAGUAAGAGGAAGAGUUUGAGGCAUCGUGCAGAUUGGGAGGAGACAGAGAGGGGCAGGAAAAUGGAAGGGCACUCAGGUUGCAGAGACAGCCGCCCAAUUUCAGAUGCAGAACAAUGGGAGUGGUUGAGGGGGGGCUAUCCUCGAGGUAGUGAGGAGGGCGGGUCAAGGAGUGGGUGGAGAUCCAGAAACAGAGCAGGGGAGUGGGAUCGAGUGGCAAAGUUUAGCCCCAGUCCUGGCAGCUGGAGCAGGAGAGGCCGACGUCUGAGCACAGAAGAUGUAGACUGGGACAGAUGCAGCGUGGACAGAUGGACAUGGGGCAGCAGUGACAGCUGGGAGGACAGGGGGACACACAGAUCCACAUCAGGCUCCAGGACAGACACCAGAGACAGCCCGGGCUGUGUGUGGAAAUGUGCAGGCACCAGACACUCACGCUCCAGACACUUCUCUAGCCCUGAGUGGUGGACAAGUAGACAGACAUACAGCCCCCAGAGUGUCAACACACAGUCCAGCAAGUGUCUCAGCCCGCGCUCCUGCAGCCCCGGCAGCAGCACCAGCAUGUCCGAGCUGAGCUGGGAGUGGAGCAGGAGCAGUACCUGCUCAGAAGUCACAGUUGAUGGGUUGACAGUUAGCUCCGACAGGACGUCCUCUGUAGAUCCAGGACUCUCAUCUGAGGCCCCUCAGGAAGCAAACAAGCAGAGCAGCCCUAUGUCCACUUCAUCCGGCCUUACCUCUUGCUCCUUCUCUCAUUCUUCGCCUCACAGAUCCAAUCCUGCUCCCAUAAUACCGGGCCUCAACACACACCAUUGUAACACAAGCCCUUCUCAGUUUAAGGAGCCCAAUAUACAAUCUGACUUUGUCCAUAGACAUGUGGCCCCUGUUGACACAAGCAGGUCAGGCACAAUAAUUCCAGGACUUUCUCCCAGUAAGUCUCUGCCACAGAAACCAGCCAGGAUGUUGCUUCUCCCUCUCAUAGGGAAACUACCCGCAAUCCAGAGAAAGGCAAGAAGGAACAAAGGGUUGCUGGAGAAGAGUCAUGAGAAGGAAGGAGAGGAGGACGAGCAGACCAGGGGCAGUGGAAUGGAUCCCGGAGCAGUCACCAAAAGUCCAAAAUGUCCUCUGGACACGGUUGAGUCAAACCCCAGCAACGCUCCAAAUCUCUGCAUUAGGACUGAAGACAAGCAGACAGAUAGAGAGACGGCAGCUCUGCCGAUCAGCUUUACUGCUGAGGAGAUGGACAAAUAUCGCCUCCUGCAAGAGCAGGCAAGAGAGCACAUGCAGAAAGUCCUGGAACAGUUUCAAGAGAGCGCAGAUAUACACACAGAGACAAACUACACACACACGGCAAAGACCGAGAACUGUGAGACUGUCCAGGAACUAUACACACCUGUGUCCUUGCACAACCCUCCACAGCCUCAACCGCGGACACUUCACACAGACACAAUGCAAACACCGAGACAGCACACCCUCCAGGUUAACCUCCCACUUCCACAUGUGACCCCACAAGAGAACUUCACUCAGCCCAUCAUGGCUCUGAGAGUGCCCAGCCUCCCCCCUCUCUCCAGCCUACAUCAUAUCAUUUUACAACACGCAGCCCUCUCCCUGCACCCCUCCUCCUCACCCUCUUCCACCUCAUCCAACUCUCCUUCCAUGCAGCCACACCCAGCUCAGCUCCCUCACCCCCUGCCCCAUCUCCACCCCACUCUCGCUCAUCACCUUCACCUCUCUCCUUUUUCCAUAACUUCCCUGUUUCCUUCCAUUCUGCUGUCCCAUCAUCCCAUCCCUCUCCUCCCCCAGUCCCCUGCUUUUCAUGCAACCCCUCUCGCUCCACUCGCCCAAGUAGCCCUGCGGCCCUUGAACCCCCAGUCUUUCAUGGAGAGGGCUUGGCCAGUGAGGUUUCAACAGAAGGCGUUGUGAUUUUCAAAGAGUGGUUGCCAUGUUUAUAAUCUUCAGUGGCAAAACAGACUAGAGAGUGAAAGAGAAGAAAAUGUUGGGUUGGAGUAAAGUCUGCUAUUUGAAAUGGGGUUGUGCUUUUUUUUACUAGAAUCAACUCCAAUCACGCACACACUUACAUGCUUACACACAAAACAGCCCAACUAUUGACUGUUUUCCAAUGAAAAUGUGUUUCUCCAUCUCGCCUCUGCUGUGUUGAUGCAGACAUAGUGAAAACAGACUUUGAUCCUUUGCUUUUUCCAUCAUUCUUCAUUCAGACCCAGACAAAAGGGAAAGGCGCACCUGCUAUUCAAAGACAAGCUGGGCUUGUGUCAUCCUCUCUCUUUCCUUCUGAACCACAGACAGACCAGCUGCCUUUUGAAGUAUCCUUCAUGACAGUGGGGCAAGAAGGAGUGAUAAUACAAUCCCCUUAUCUCCAUUUCAUACAGGUUAUCUAAGUGUGACUUUCAACAAACAGAAAUGGCGUUCUGGGGACUGGUGGGCUCGCACAGACAUCUUAACCUUGGUGUAUGCUGUAUUUUUUUGUGUGCAAUUGUGCGUGUAUAAAAGGUAUUUCUGCACUGAUACAUACACAGAAAGAAGAAUGGAAACUAAUUUCCAUAUCGGACACAUGUAAAGACCAGUUUUGUCUCUAUAGUGUAAAUAUGCUGGCAUUGAGUAAUGACAUUAGAAUCAUGGGAUACAAUUAAACAAAAGGUGGAUUUAACCUUGAUCAGUGGUGCAUAUUGCUUAUUCCAUGAUCAAUGGCUUCAGUGAUACAGACACUUCAACAUAUUUUCAUUCUCAUAUGUGAAAUGAUAUCCUUUUUUUCUCCACACAGCAUUUAACAAAUCUGUUGUUGAGACAGCAAGGAAUGAAUUGGAUCUAUUACAUUAAAACUUGGGUGAAA